AUGGCCAUCACUCAUGUGGUUGAUGGUGUGGAUCCCAUGGAGGUGGAUCUACCCAAAGAUCCAGAAGAACCAAUGGAAGUGGAUCCACCUCCGUGGGCUAAAUCAGCUGAAGUAGCGGAGCUGGAAGAGGGCAGGAGCCUCUGUGCCCCUAAGGAGAAUGCAGCAGAACACAGGCAACUUAUUGGCAAUAUACAGUCAUUUGCCAUUUUCUUUGUGGCCCCGUCAGGAUACGAAAGCUGGAGGGAGCUGGCUAAGGCUUUGGCAGACACGAAUGUCCCAGGUGGGGACCCAAGCCUUCAGUUUUACUAUCCACGGAAGCUGGGAUACCAGAAUCAAGAGCUGCAAAGAGGUGGGAAGAAUAAAUCGAAUUAUGCCGCUGUGGACAGCCCUGUCCCAUGGAUGCCAGAGUUCCAGGGCCAGGCCAAUCUGCAUGUGUUCGAGGACUGGUGCGGCAGCUCCACUGAACAGCUCCGGAAGAACCUCCACUUCCCCCUCUUCCCCCACACACGAACUACACUGAAGAAGCUGGCUGUGUCCCCAAAAUGGACCAACUAUGGUCUCCGGAUAUUUGGCUACCUGCAUCCUUUCACUGAUGGGGAGUUUCAGUUUGCCAUUGCUGCGGAUGACAAUGCUGAGUUCUGGCUGAGUGCAGAUGAAAAGACCUCUGGUCUCCAGCUGCUGGCCAGUGUAGGCAAGACAGGGAAGGAGUGGACCGCACCAGGGGAGUUUGGGAAAUUUCACAGCCAGCAGUCAAAGAUGGUGAGGUUGUCAGCUGCAGGCAGGUACUAUUUUGAGGUGCUGCACAAGCAGGAUGACAGAGGAACAGACCACGUGGAAGUAGCAUGGAGACUGAAUGACCCAGAAGCGAAGUUCAAAGUCAUUGACUCUCAAUACCUCUCCCUUUUUGCUAACGAGACGCUUUUAAAGAUGGAUGAGGUUGGGCAUAUCCCGCAGACGUUGGCCAGUCACACGAACCGGCCUGCUGACAGCGCAGGCAGCAAGGCACACCCAGCUGACAUGUUGAAGCCUGACCCCCGGGACACUCUUUACGAAGUGCCUCUGCUCAGCAAGUCUCGUGUGCGCCGAGCCUUGCUCGACUGCCCAUACAAGCCCAGCUACCUGGUGAAUGGAUUUCCUCUGCAGCGCUACCAGGGACUCCAGUUUGUUCAUUUAUCCUUUGUUUACCCGAAUGAUUACAGCCGCCUGAGCCACAUGGAGAAAGACAACAAAUGCUUCUAUCAGGAAAACCCUUAUUACUUGGAAAGAUUUGGAUUCUACAAGUACAUGAAGAUGGAUCGCCCAGAGAAGAGCCCAGACUCUGGAGAAAAGACAGAGCAGCCAGGCUCCCAGGAGGGGAACCCGGACGACCUGCAGUAUGUGGAGCAGGACAUGGAGAGUACCAGUCCCCCUGAGCGCCCUGCCACAGGGAGGGCAGAGCCAGCAGGCAACGCUCCCAGCAGCGUGGUGGGCAGCAAUAACGUUCACAAGGACUAUUCCCUCCAGGAGCGUCGUCGACUCCUCUCAGUGGUGGGUGGCCACAUAGGAGAGGGGCUACACAGGAGAAGGACAAAGAGGUCUGGUGUCAAAUCAGUGACGCUGGCCUCUGCCAACCAAAGCCUCAGCCAGCUUGGCCUAGAGGGGAACCCAACAAUGAAGAGACCCCAUUUAAAAGCUGGCGUCAAAGACAACUCCCAGAGCCCUCCACAGCAUGCCAGGGCCGUCCAGGGGAGAGUGCCUGUCAAAAAGGUGAACCCUCCUUCUAGAACCGUGUCUCAAAGGCAGCAGCCUCUCGGGGGCCCCAGGGACUCAGGGGUCAUGAUUCCCAAAGGGGUGAGACCUCAGAGAGGCUUCAGCACUGCUAAGGACGGGCUGCAGCCAGCAGGCACCGUGCCAGCCGGGGAAAGAGGCCCAGUCUCUGGCAAAGCCGGCAGACGCGCUGUGAGCUCUGCCAGCCCCAGCCAGCAGCCUGGGCUGCCGCAGUGGCUGAACCAAGUGGAGUCCUACAUUGCUGAGCAGAAGGUGGCCAACGGUGGGGAUGUGGGCGAGGGAGAAGCGCAGGUGGCAUCUCCUGUGAAGGGCAAGUCUGGACCUGUGGCAGCAGAAGAGGAAGAGGUAGAUGGGGAGCCAGAGGAGGAAGAUGAGGAGGAUUUUGAUUAUGUACCAGUGUUUGACCAGGCGGUGAACUGGGAGCAGACCUUCAGCACGAGCAACCUUGACUUCCAUAUGCUGCGCACAGACUGGAUUGACCUGAAAUGCAACACGUCAGGAAACUUGAUGCUGAGAGAAAGGGAGGCCCUGGAAGUCACACGUGUCUUCCUGAAGAAGCUCAACCAGAGGAGUAAAGGGCGAUUCCAGCUGCAGCGUAUCGUGAACGUGGAGAAACGGCAGGAUCGCAUGCACUACCUGCUGGAGCUGGAGCUGCUGGAGCAGGGAGAGAGGCUCGUCCGCUUCUCCGAGUAUGUCUUUGCGCGGGGCUGGCAGGGCGUUGGUGGCGAUGAAGAGGAGGAGAGGAAGAUGAGGAACCUGGCAUGGGGUCGCCGGCGACAUCUGAUGGCUGUGGCGAAAGAGCCAGAGCUGUGCUGGCCCCAGGGCUUUUCCUGGAAUCACCGUGCCGUCGUUCACUUUGUGGUGCCAGUGAAAAACCAGGCACGUUGGGUGCUGCAGUUCAUCUCUGACAUGGAAGAGCUCUUCAGAGUCACUAAGGAUCCGUACUUCAACGUCAUCAUCACGGACUACAGCAGCAAUGACAUGGAUGUAGAGAAGGCUCUGAAAAGGUCUACCUUGCACCACUAUCGGUACUUGAAGCUGACGGGGAAUUUUGAGCGUUCUGCUGGGCUGCAGGCGGGGAUAGACCUUGUGACGGAUCCACACAGCAUCGUUUUCCUGUGCGACCUCCACAUCCACUUCCCAGCUGGAGUCAUUGAUUCAAUCCGGAAGCACUGCGUGGAAGGCAAGAUGGCCUUCGCACCCAUGGUCAUGAGGCUGCACUGCGGCAUGUCCCCACAGUGGCCUGAUGGCUACUGGGAGGUGAAUGGGUUUGGUCUCCUGGGCAUAUACAAGUCUGACCUGGACAAGAUUGGAGGCAUGAACACAAAAGAGUUUCGGGACCGCUGGGGAGGAGAGGACUGGGAACUCCUGGACAGGAUCUUGCAGGCUGGGCUGGAAGUGGAGCGUCUCUCUCUGAGAAACUUUUUCCACUGGUUUCACUCGAAGCGGGGCAUGUGGAACCGGCGCCAGCUGAAGACGUUGUAG